AUGGAAUCUACAACACAACCAGAACCAGAAUCGACUGUUGCACCAACCACUGUUGAAGAGCAAGUCAACACUGAAUCUGCUCCAGAGACAACCACCGUUCCAGAGACAGAGACAACUACCUCUGUUCCAGAGACAACCACCACUGCUCCAGAGACAACUACGACUGUCCCAGAGACUACUGUUGCAACAACAGUGGUUGGGGAGGAUGUUGUCGCAGCUGAACCAGUUGAACCAGUCGUGGUGACAGCUGCCACCACCCUAGCUCCAGAAGAGGAACAACAAACAGUCAUUACAACACCAACCAUUGUUGUAGUUGCUCAAGAGUUUUUGGAUGUUCCAGCUUUGAGAGCCCCAGCUGGAGCUGAGGUCUCAGAGAUCAAGACACCAACAUCGUCAUCAACCACUACUACUACGACUACUACAGUAGUGGAAAGAACACCAAUUAAUUGUGAAACUGGAGUAGAUUACCAAGAGACAUUUGAUCAUCCAAACUUCCAUAUGGCCGGUUGGUUGUGGACACAUGCAGUAUGCAGACGUCUCUACAUGCUCAUCGAGAAGAAGAUCAAUAGCAACUGGACACCCAAGACCAACAAAGAGGUCAAAGAAGUCGUCCGUGCCAUUCGAGCCUGCGACCAAUGGCUCAAGAGUCACCACCUCCACGAAGACGAUAUUGUAUGGCCAUGGUUGGCAGCUCUCAAACCAGAGACCAAGGACAUUCUCGAUGGUGCCAUGACCGAGCAACACCACGGUUGGGAAGACCUCUCUAAAGAGUUGCAAGACACUCUCACAGAGUUGGACACUGAUAAUACGCUGACUGCCGACUCUGACACCUUUGCACCGCUACUUGCGCGUUUGCAAGAUGUACAUUAUCGAAUUGUCGUGUCGGUCAUGUCGCACUUUGUCGACGAAGAGAAACUCCUUAUCCCACUUUGCCUGACACUUGACAAAUCGGAACAAAUUAAAACAGGUGAUCUUAUCCACAAGCGCGUCAAGAGUGAGCCAAUGGCCAAGUUUGGGUUCUGCGGUAUGAUCGAUCUCGCCAAGAACGACAAGGUCGUUGGCAAAUCAAUCAACAAGUCUAUCCCAGGUCUCAUCAGAAAAUUGUUGCCUGCACUUUGGAAUAAAUCAGAAUAUAAAUGGUUCAUUACUGCUUUGGAAGUUGUACAAUAA